AUGACUUCUCUUGCCACAUCCACGUCGGACCGUGCCAAGAUCAACCAGAUGCGGAGAGACUCCACCGUCUUGGGGCCCAUGAACAAGAUUCUCGUGGCCAACAGAGGUGAGAUCCCCAUCAGAAUCUUCAGAACUGCUCAUGAGUUGUCCAUGCAAACAGUGGCCAUCUACGCCCACGAGGACAGAUUGUCCAUGCACAGAUUGAAGGCCGACGAGUCCUACGUCAUUGGCAAAAAGGGCCAGUUCUCCCCUGUCCUGGCCUACUUGCAGAUUGACGAGAUCAUUGGCAUCGCCAAGAAGCACAAUGUGAACAUGAUCCACCCGGGCUACGGUUUUCUCUCUGAGAACUCCACAUUUGCUCGCAAGGUCGAAGAGGCUGGAAUUGCCUGGAUCGGUCCUUCCCACACCACCAUUGACUCCGUCGGUGACAAGGUUUCUGCCAGAACCUUGGCUUUGAACAACGACGUGCCUGUCGUUCCCGGUACUCCAGGCCCAAUUGACUCCACUGAAGAGGCCGCCAAGUUUGUUCAGAAGUACGGCUUCCCUGUCAUCAUCAAGGCUGCUUUUGGUGGCGGUGGUCGUGGUAUGAGAGUCGUCAGAGAGGGCGACUCCAUCGAAGACGCUUUCAACAGAGCCAAGUCUGAAGCUUUGACUGCUUUCGGUAACGGCACUUGUUUCAUCGAGAGAUUCUUGGACAAACCAAAGCACAUUGAGGUGCAAUUGCUUGCUGACAACUACGGCAAUGUCAUUCACUUGUUCGAGAGAGACUGCUCUGUUCAGAGAAGACACCAAAAGGUCGUUGAAAUUGCUCCUGCAAAGAACUUGCCAAAAUCUGUCAGAGACGCUAUUUUGACUGAUGCUGUCAAGUUGGCCAAGUCUGCUAACUACAGAAACGCUGGUACCGCUGAGUUCCUCGUUGAUGAGCAGAACAGACACUACUUUAUUGAGAUCAACCCUAGAAUUCAGGUUGAGCACACAAUCACCGAGGAAAUUACUGGUGUUGAUAUCGUCGCUGCUCAAAUCCAGAUCGCCGCUGGCGCUUCCUUGCAGCAAUUGGGGUUGCUCCAGGACAAGAUCACCACUCGUGGUUUUGCCAUUCAGUGCAGAAUUACUACUGAGGACCCAGCCAAGAACUUCCAGCCAGACACUGGUAAGAUUGAGGUCUAUCGUUCUGCUGGUGGUAACGGUGUGAGAUUGGAUGGUGGUAACGGUUUUGCCGGUUCCUGCUCUUGUUCCGGUUCCACCUACGAGAUUGCCAGAAGAAAGAUGUUGAGAGCUUUGAUUGAAUUUAGAAUCAGAGGUGUCAAGACUAACAUUCCUUUCUUGUUGGCUUUGCUUACCAACGAGACUUUCAUCCAAGGUAACUGCUGGACUACUUUCAUCGACGACACUCCAUCCUUGUUCAGAAUGAUCUCCUCCCAGAACAGAGCCACCAAGUUGUUGAGCUACUUGGGUGACUUGGCUGUCAACGGAUCUUCUAUUAAGGGCCAGGUUGGUAUGCCUAAGCUUCUCACUGAGGCCUUGAUUCCUAUCUUGCACGACCCCAAGACUGGCAUUCCCAUUGAUGUCGAAUCUCCAGUUAAACCAAGAGGCUGGAGACAGGUUCUUCUCGAGCUUGGCCCCGAGAAGUUCGCCAAGCAGGUCAACGACUUCAAGGGUACCUUGAUCACCGACACCACUUGGAGAGACGCUCACCAGUCAUUGUUGGCUACCCGUGUGAGAACUAUUGACUUGCUCAACAUUGCCCCUACUACCGCUCAUGCCUUGAACGGUGCCUUCUCCUUGGAGUGUUGGGGUGGUGCAACUUUUGAUGUUUCCAUGAGAUUCCUUCACGAGGAUCCUUGGGCUCGUUUGAGGAAGUUGAGAGAAUUGGUUCCUAACAUCCCAUUCCAGAUGUUGUUGAGAGGUGCCAACGGUGUUGCUUACUCCUCUUUGCCAGACAAUGCCAUUGACCAGUUUGUCAAGGAGGCUAAGGACAGUGGUGUUGACAUCUUCAGAGUCUUUGAUGCUCUCAAUGACUUGGACCAAUUGAAGGUCGGUGUUGAUGCCGUCAAGAAGGCCGGUGGUGUUGUUGAAGCCACUGUUUGUUUCUCCGGUGACAUGUUGAACCCCGACAAGAAGUACAACUUGGAAUACUACUUGAAUGUUGUUGACAAGAUUGUCGAAAUGGGUACUCAUUUCAUUGGUAUCAAGGAUAUGGCAGGUACCAUGAAGCCAAAGGCUGCAUCUCUCUUGAUUGGUGCUAUCAAGGAGAAGUACCCAGACAUUCCUAUUCACGUUCACACCCACGACUCCGCAGGUACCGGUGUCGCCAGUAUGGAUGCUGCUGCCAAGGCCGGUGCUGACGUUGUUGAUGCCGCUUCCAACUCGAUGUCUGGUAUGACUUCUCAGCCAUCUAUCAGUGCCUUGCUUGCCUCCCUUGAAGGUGAGGUGAACCACGGUUUGGACGAGAACUUGGUCAGAGAACUCGACAACUACUGGGCUCAGAUGAGACUCUUGUACUCGUGCUUCGAGGCAGACUUGAAGGGUCCAGAUCCAGAGGUUUACCAGCACGAGAUUCCUGGUGGCCAGUUGACCAACUUGAUCUUCCAGGCUCAGCAAUUGGGCUUGGGUGAGAAGUGGUUGUUGACCAAGGAGAAGUACAAGGUCGCCAACAAGCUUUUGGGUGACGUUGUCAAGGUUACCCCAACCUCCAAGGUGGUUGGUGAUUUGGCCCAGUUCAUGGUCUCCAACAACUUGACCGAAGAGGAUGUCAUCAAGUUGGCUCCUGAGCUUGACUUCCCAGGUUCUGUUCUUGACUUCAUGGAGGGUUUGAUGGGUACGCCAUACGGUGGAUUCCCAGAACCUCUCAGAUCCAACAUGUUGGGCAACAAGAGAGCUAAGUUGGACAAGAGACCAGGCUUGACCUUGCCUCCAAUUGACUUUGUCAAGGUGAAGCAGGAAUUGGUUUCCCGUUACGGUGACAACAUCGACGAAUGUGACAUUGCUUCCUACGUCAUGUACCCUAAGGUUUACGAAGACUUCCGUGCCAUUGUUGAGAAAUACGGUGACUUGUCUGUCUUGCCAACUAGAUACUUCUUGAAGCCAUUGGACAUUAAUGAGGAGAUGGUUGUCGACAUUGAGCAAGGUAAGACUUUGAUCAUCAAGUUGUUGGCUAUUGGUGAGAUUUCCAAGAAGACCGGUACUCGUGAAGUGUUCUUUGAGUUGAACGGUGAGAUGAGAUCUGUUACCAUCGAUGACAAGACCAUUUCUAUCGAAACCGUGACCCGUCCAAAGGCCACUCAGCCAAACGAGGUUGGUGCUCCAAUGGCCGGUGUCGUUCUCGAAAUCAGAGUCAAGAAGGACCAGGAGGUCAAGAAGGGUGACCCUGUUGCCGUUUUGAGUGCCAUGAAAAUGGAGAUGGUCAUCAGUGCACCAGUCAGCGGUAAAGUGGGAGAUGUUUUGAUCAGAGAGGGAGACUCCGUCGACUCUGCUGACUUGAUCACGAGCAUCUUCAAGUGA